AUGAUCGAGGCGGCGCUAGCGACGUGGGCAAAAGAGGGGCUUCCUGCACCAGAUCCCGGUGCGGGGCACGAUGCUCCAGACACGACGCAGAGUGUGCUUGCGACCGUCGGUCGUUCUUCACCGGGGGAUGCUGCGGACUGGGACCGGACAAAGUGCUGCGUCGAGUGCCAGCAGCCCACGCCAUUCGUUUUUGGCAUCGCCGGCGUUUCUGGUGCAAGAGGUGGGGCGGGCACGACGGGCGAGUUGCCACGCCUGUGCCAGCGGUGCGAGAGGCAGAACCCGCGCAAGUACCAGUUGCUCACCGUAGAGUUCGCGGCAUCACUGUAUGCUGUCGGCCAGGCCGAGGUGCGCAGCCAGUGCACGAGCUGCUGCCGGCUCUCCGCGCCGGGGAGCAGCGGCAGUUCGGCGCGCUCGGGGCCGGAGGUGGUGCUGCAGGCCGAGGCCGAGAGGCUGUUCUCGGGAGGCUCGUGCGCGGACAGAGCCGAUGGCAGUCUGGCAUCGCGCAAGCAGGCCACGAGCGCGGAGGAGUGGCGCGCCAACUCUUUCCGGACAGACCAUACUCGGGCAAGACGCACAAGUGGAAGGAGUGGAAUUCUGGAACGUUCCAGCGCAAGAAGCAGAUUGCCAAGGAUGGCAGUUUCGGGCUCCCGAACGAGCAAGAUCUGUUCGCGGCGAUGUUCGAGCUGA